AUGAAUCGAGCCUGGUGGAACGAGAUGAUCUGCAUCAUUUGCUUGAGUAUAGCAACCACAUCAUUGAUGACCAGCUAUGACACCCAGUCAUUCAUUGUUGAAUCUAUUCUGCAUUCCGUACAUAUGAGGGAGCCAACUAGAAUAGACGUGCACGCAGGAUAUUACGGGCCGGCAGUGCUUUAUGCAGCUUACACUACCGCAAACUUGUUUGCCCCUUGGAUAUGUUAUCGCAUUGGUUCGAAGUGGACCUUAUUUGUUGGCAGCUUAAUGUUUCCAGCUUAUCAAGCCGGCUUUUUCUUUUUGCAUUCUCUUUAUUACUACGCCACUCAAGCUCUAAUGGGCAUCGGCUUUGCCAGUGAGUAUUCACUAUUAUUAAACAUACAAAACACUUCUGAUAAGGAACUGGCAGUGUAUUACGCUGGACAGGGCUUAUAUAUGUCUGAACACUCGACUAAAUCAACCAUAUCCAGAAAUUCUGCUCUAGUGAGUGCCAUCGGAAACUGCAGGUUGGUUGCUUUUUAUCUACUGUACUUGGUGUCGUGA